AUGUUCGCCGACGAUCAACCGACCCUCGCUCAUGGUAUCAGUGGCUCCUCAUUGCUCGCUUCUAGAAGUGGGGCGCAAUACGAGGACUCGAGUGAGCAGGAACGACCUGAGACACCGCGCGCCAACCAAUCCAACUUCACAGCACCCACAGAUACCGUCAUCGCCCAACACGUCAACCGCAUCCAGGUUCCCGAUACGGUCGCUAGAGACUUCCGCGCCCGGAAUCAACCCGCCUAUUCCCCUGCCAAGCGGCCCGCCUCGUCCGGUGGUGGUUUCGGGAGUUCGAUCGCUCAGGAUCGUCCGCGUAGGGCGCUGACGUUGAAGGAGCAGAACGGCAAGAUCGACAAAUUGACCAAAGAGAAUUUCGAUUUGAAAUUGAAAAUCCAUUUCUUGGAUCAGGCAUUGCAGAACCGAUCCGACGACGGUGUGAAGGAUUUGAUCAAUCAGAAUGUGCAAUUCCAAACGGACCUCGCGAACGAGCGCAAGGAGACACAGACGCUUCGACGGAAAAUGCGCGAGAUGGAGAGGAAGAUCAAGGAGCAGGAAGAAUCGCUUCAUGAGAUCCGGGAGCAGCAGAAACAUGGUCGCUUCUCUAACGGGGAUGACGACGAUGAUCCUACCCUGCAAGCGGAGAUGCAUGAGGAGAUCCUCUUCCUGCGACAGAAACUUGAUCACUCGGAGAACAAAGUCACCACAUUACACGAGGAGCUCAUGAUCAAAGAGUCUGAGAAGCGCAAGAUGUCCGAGACCAUGCGAUCCAUGGCGAGCAAGCGUGGCGAAGACAGCGCAGGAAGGAAGGAGACCAUGGACAUGUGGCAGGAUCUGCUGAACGCGGAGGUCGGACGACGUGAACAAGCCGAGGAGGACAUCAGCAGACUUCGUGAUGAGCUCCACGCGUUGCGUCUCGAGCGAGUAUCACCAGCCGUAAAUCGCGCCGGAAAGGGCAAUCAGCGGCAUGGUGAUGACGACGAUACGGAAUUCGCAGCGGCCAACGAUGCUCUCCUCGAUCAAUUGAAACACGAAAACGCGGAAUUGCGACGCGAUCUCGGCGCGCAGACAAGCAUGCUGACAUCUCGUAACCGCGAACGUGAGAGGUUACAGCAAGAAAUCGAGGAUCUCAAAUUGCUUCACCGCAAGGGAGACACGCGCUCUCUCGCUGGCGAGAGCAUCUUCGAUCGCUCCAUCUCCCGUGCACACAACCGUGCUCCAUCGCGCGCGAGCGAAUACGCCGGGACGAAUGUGACCGACACCGAGCGAGAGGAAUGGGACAAGAAGGAGGGAGCACUUCGUGAUCAGAAUGCAGAACUUCGCAUCAAGUUUCAGGACCUGGAGCGGACGCACAACAAGCACAUCGAGUACGUCAAUGUGCUCGAGGGCGACUACCAGGAAAUGGAGCAAGACCUCGGUGAAGCUCACGAGGACUUGGUCAAGAUCCAAUCCGAACGCGACGAAGCCUUGCAGGCGUACGAGGAGCGCGAAGCAGAAUAUAAUCAACUCCGAGAGGAAGCACUCGUCGAGAUCCAGGCACUGGAUGAAGAGAAGAAGGUUCUCGAGGCUCAGCUGGAGGAGGCGCUGAACAAGGCGCACAAGACACACAACAAGCUACAGAACAUCACUGAUGGCUACAAGGGUCUACAAGGCGAGCUGCGAGAGAUCACCCAGUCCGUCAUGAACCUCGAGGACGAAAAGCAGGCCAACAUGCGUACCAUCCAAAACUUGGAACAGCAAAUCACCGAGGCGGAAGAGGAGAUCCAGAAAUGGGAGUCGAAAUGUAACGAGCUCGACCAGAAGAACCGCAAGUUGGAGGUCACGCAGGAGAGCCUGCAGUCAGAGGUCACCUUCCUGCGCGAAGAGCAAGAGGGCGACAAGAUCAAGAUCGGCGAGCUCGAGGAUUCCAUCAGCAACGCGCAACAGAACAUCGCCGACGAGCAGGAGAAGUCCCGCGAGAUGGAACAAGCCAUGGCUGAAGAGCGCCAGCAACGUGAUGUCUUGGAGAACAAGUCCAAGGAAGAUGUGCAAAAGGUCCUCGACGACCUCAACGCCGACAACGCCAAAUCCAAGGAGACGGUGCGCACGCUCCGCCGUUCGCUCUCCGCCAAGGAAGUCGAAGCCAACAACUUGCGACAGAAACUCGAGGAAUACGAGCGAGGCCUCCGCGAUGUCAUCGGAGACCCCAACGGCACCCGGCAGAGUCUUCUCGGUGAGGUCGAGAAGCUCCAAAGAGAUCUCGAAGCGACGGCCAACGAGCUUGACCGGGCGAAGAUGGAUCUCGCCGAUAAAGAUCGCUUGCUGCGUCAUCGCGAUGGUCUCCUCGAGAGCACGAGUCUGGAAAGCCGUCGUCUGUCGGAUCUUCUCGAGAAAGAGCGGGCAUCGCGCAAACACGACCUCGAUUCCUACGAAAAGGCCGCCCGAGGCCAGGCAUCGCAAGUGCGCACCAUCGCCCAACACGAAUCUCGUGUGCUGGAAUUGGAGUCUUCGUUCAGUCAACAACAGCGCAAGAUGGCCGCGUUGGAAGACCAAUACCGUGAGCAGAUGCGUGAGCGCAACAACCUCCUGCUUGCCUUGUGGAAUCGUCUUUCCACGCUCUGCGGCAACGACUGGGCUCAGGGGCAUCAUCUCCUCAACGGCGAAGUCACCUCCGUGGAGACGAUUCAGAAGCACAUGCCGACAUUCCACAAGAACAUCAUUGCGGCGUUGAAGCAGACGGAGAAGAUCAUCGGUGACUUCAAGCUCCGGAUCCGUCGAUUCGAAAAGGAGGUCCUCUCCGACUAUCAAGCUCUGAAUAACAACCUGGACGCGCGCCUCCGCCGUCUCGAUGUCGUUGAACGCGCUUUUGACGACCACAAACGAGCCGUGGCCGAGGAGGCUGCCAUCCAAGCGCAGGCUCAAAUGCAGCAAUUGCAACAGAAGCCCCCCAGCCGCGGCGGGAGCAACCGACUCAUCAAACUGUCCAGCGAGGAAUCCAGCAAACUCAACCUCUCCUCCUCCUCCCGCGACGACGACCCCGGCGACGGCUACCGCCCGCCCCAGACCCAGACCAUGAUGGCGCUCGCCGGCGGCGGCGACAGCCCGCCCUCGACCGCCCACAGCGGCAGCGCCGUCUCCUCCUCCCUGGCAGCCGCGGUCGCCGCAUCGGCCGCGGCACCAGCCCCCUCCUCCGCCCCCGCCACCGACGACCGCAUGGCGCUGCGCCUCCGCGAAAUGGAGCGCCGCCUCAAGGCCGAGCGCGAAGGCCGCCUGCUGGACCGCGAGGGCGCCAAGAAGCGCCUGCUGCAGCAGGAGGCCGAGAAGCUGGAACUGCGGGGCCAGCUGGAGAGGGCGAUCGUCAACGGCGGCGGUGGCGGUGGUGCGAGCCAGCUCGGUGCGAACGCCAGCGGCGUGGUGGAGAGGAGGAGGAUGGAUGACGACGACGAGGAGAUCGUCCUGACGGGCAGGGAAUUCGAGGACUUUUGAUUUUGUUUGCAUUCGGAGGCGAUCGAGGAGGAGAGUUCGUUUUCCCCUCCCUCCCUCCUCCCCCUCAAUCCUCCUUGUUGUAUCAUGAAUGAAGAACGUGCAAUGCCGCGGUUUGUUUUUGUUCUUGUUUUUGUUUCUCCGGGAAGUCGUCGGCCCGCCCAUGCCCUGGCUGACUUUCUCGAGGAUGAGAAGGAGGAGCAGGACGUGGAGGAGGAGGAGGAGGGAGAGCGGAAAGGAAGGAUGGAUGGAUGGACACUCGUCACUGAUUACCCACGGAGAACAACACACACAACACAUAUACACACACGCGCGCGCGCUCAGGGAUGUUUCGAUGUUUCGAUGCCAUGUAUGAUAUGUUAUGUAUGAACCCCACCUGUACGAAAACAAGAAAGA